UGUUCCCAAUGUACCACGGGGUUCCAUUCUUUCACGGUGUGUACAGAAUAGAGAAUCCCGUCGCGCCAGAGUAUGACGAAAGUCUCCUAAUUCUUUUGGUUUUGACUCUUGCCUCUUGUGAGCAGGUUAAUGAAGUUCUCUGCAAAUAUUCUGUGAUCGACGAUUGUAAGAUCAGUUGCUCUCAAAUCCCAUCACACGUAUAACGUAUCUGACCAUCUAUUCGAUUCGAAGUGUUUGAUUUUUCUUCUGCGCUUCUUUUUCCACAGGUCAAUCCGUCAAUGAGCCCUGCCUGAUUAGAAAAUGCUGAAAUGCUUCGUCUAUAAGCAAUGACUAUCAAAUUCCGGUAGAUAUUCACACUGAAUUGCUAUGAUGGCUGCCUUUAGAUUUUCCAUUUUGAAGUCUGUUUUCGCUGCUUCGAGAAUUCGUUCUGUUGGGUCAUCUAAUUCUUAUACGAGAUCACCGAAAUUCACUGUGCCCAUCUUCGCGAGACCAUUGGAUGUAAAUGAAACUCGAAAGUACAAUAGAAAUGAAUCAUGUUGGUGGGGCAAUAGAGCGGACACCCAGUUUAGAAUGUUGUCUGUUGAAUCUAUUCUAGAUAUUCGGCAUUAUAGAACUGAAUCCGUUGUUGCCUCUUCACCUAAAUGCCUGCAGAACAAGAGUUUAUUGAGUUUACACUCCCAGAAUACUGUCUUUCCUGUUUGCGCAAGUACUUUUUCCAACCUUCGAACAUAUUCAUCAUAUUUUGGAGGCAAAGGGGAAGCUCCACGGAACUCAGAAGUGUCUGUUGGAUCUGUUGCAAAUGAUUCGAAUUCUAAAACCACUGAUAUGGUUGGAGGUGAUUGGGUUGAUGGUAUUAAGCAUGCUUGGCAGUCUACAGUAGACGCCAUGGCUUUUACAGGGCAAAAGGCUAGAGAGGCAUCUGAUGAACUCACUCCUUAUGUUCAACAGUUGCUUGAUUCGCACCCUUAUCUAAGAAAUGUUUUAAUUCCGGUUAGUUCAACUUUGACUGCUACCAUAUUGGCUUGGCUGGUCUUGCCAAGGAUAUUGAGAAAAUUUCAUGCAUACACAAUGAAAAGUUCAGUGCUGCUACUAGCAGGGAACUUGUCUGAGGAACAAAUUCCAUACGAGAAAAGCUUUUGGGGUGCUUUAGAAGACCCUGUGAGAUAUCUUUUUACCUUCAUGGCGUUCUCGCAGUUAGGUGUGAUGAUUGCCCCACAUACUUUUGCAACUCAAUAUAUUGCACAAGCUUGGAGGGGUGCAUUAAUUAUUUCAUUUGUCUGGUUUCUUUACCGCUGGAAAACAAUUGUAGUUUCUCGUUCUCUUGCCGUUCAGCAUAUUGCAGGGCUUGAUCGAGAAAAGUUGCUUGCUCUGGACAAAGUCUCUUCUGUGGGUUUAUUUGUAUUGGGACUAAUGGCUUUAGCUGAGGCCUGUGGCGUGGCAGUGCACUCUAUUUUGACAGUUGGAGGAAUAGGGGGUGUUGCUACUGCGUUUGCUGCUAGAGACAUCCUUGGGAAUGUUCUAAGUGGGCUGUCUAUGCAGUUCACAAAGCCCUUCUCAUUAGGAGAUACCAUAAAAGCUGGGUCAAUAGAAGGACAAGUGGUAGAAAUGGGACUUACUACUACAUCGUUGCUUAAUGCUGAGAAAUUUCCUAUCGUAGUUCCAAAUUCCCUAUUUUCAAGCCAGGUAAUUGUGAACAAAUCACGUGCACAUUGGCGUGCUAUGGUGACCAUGAUUCCCUUGCGAAUUGAUAAUUUGGAAAUGAUUCCUCAGAUAUCAGAGGAUAUAAAGUCUAUGCUAAGAUCCAACUCAAAAAUCUUCUUAGAAAAGGAAGCUCCUUACUGCUUCCUUUCUCGAAUAGGAAAUUCAUAUGCAGAAUUAACUGUUGGGUGCAAUAUUAAACAUAUGAGCAAAGAGGAGUUAUACUCUACACAGCAAGAUAUUCUGCUGCAGUCAAUUAGGAUAAUUAAGCAACAUGGCGCUGCUUUGGGUGGCACCUUACAAGAUUGGUCCAAUCAGUGAUUCCUUGAUGAGUAAAAGAGAAAAUUUAUCUAGAGGUUAGAUUCUCAAUACCCUCAACAUAUUUAAAGCAUAUAAGUUCUCCACCAUUGAGAUUAAUGUUGUAUCAUGUUGUUGGUUCUCUCUCUCUCUAUCGCUGAGUUUCUUUGAUAGUUUGUAUGCUCUCUGUUCUAUCUGGUUGUGUAUUCCUUUAAUGAAAAUUUUUUGAUAGUUUCUUUGAUAGUUUGUAUGCAUUACAAGUUGCAACACGGGUGUUCUACUCUCCACACUUGGUUAGGAUUAGAGACUGAGUGCUCAAAUCUACUACUUCGUUGGUAUAAAGCAGAGGAGAUGUGAUGCCAAAAUCCACCUUGCAAGUUGUAACACGGGAGAUAUUUUGUUUUUUUUUUUUUGUAUCAUGUCCAUGUCAACCUUUUCUUUA